AUGGCUUCUUUAAUCGAUUCUUGUGAACUCUUUGUCGCAAGAUCGAUAGAGAGAAGCAAAGAACCACGCGUGUAUCUCUGUUGGGUCGACGAUCAUCAAAGAACCCGAUCGUAUGUCUUAUCCAAGAAGCCGCAACCUUCAAGGUAUUGGCUUGUUUCCAUGGAGUCCAUGAACAAUCUGAACUUGCGUCCAAAGGUGUCUGUGGGGUUACAAAGGUCUAUAUAUGUGAUGGAGGACGCAAAAGACAUAGAUACCAAGAUGCUGAAGGUUCUUGACUGCGCUUCCCAUCAAUGGAGUGAAACAGAGCCAAUGACUCAUGGCCGCAACAGCGAAGCUUUUUUACUUACGGUUGGAGAGAAUCUUUGUGUUCUUGGAGGAAUCCAAGAUGAAAGUAGAAAACUAAAGCCUGAGAUGUACAACCCCAAAACCCGCCAAUGGGUAUCGCUUCCCGAGCCUGAUUUGGACGAGAACUCCUCUGUUGUUCUCAUGAACUCAACAGAUAACGGCGAUAUAGAACUCUGGGCUGUCUCGGAAGGUAAAGCCACGAGAUUCAUCUACAACACGAUGGCUGCUUCUGCUGUAUGGGAGAAAAGGACUAGUUGGUUAGGUCGUGCGCAGCCUAAGGUUCACACCGUCGUAAUUGGAAACUCUAUAUUCAGAAUCAUUAUGAGUCAAAUUAUCUGUUAUGAUAAAAACACUAUGGUGUGGAGGAGCGUUCGGGGGGUUUGA